GCCGAGCCGGGCGGCGGUCUGGCGUUCCGGCGCGGAGGCGAGCCGGCACGGCGCGGCGCGGCGCGGCACGGCGCGGGGCAUGCAGGGCACGAAGCAGUGUUGCAGGACUGAGGCACCCCGGAGAGCUGCCAUGCCCACGUGCCCACUGAGAGCUGUGCCGCCGCUGCCGCCCUCCAUCCCCUCGCCCCUCUGAGGCCAUGGUGCUGAUCCUGGGAUGCUGCUGCAGGGAUUUCGGCUCUAAAGGGGGACUCUCAAUGGAUUUGCCAUGGUGACAUGAAGCAGACGGCGAGGGACACUGGACUGUCAGAGGGGAGAGAGCUUGCACGUGCACAUGUGGCCUGCUAGUAUUUUAAUUUAUUAUUAAUAUUAUUAUUCAAUUUUCUUUUACUUUUUUUUUUAAUUCCCCUCCCCUGGGGUUUGAAAGGGGAGGGGAGUGGGUGAGGGAAAGGGGCCUGGAUUUGCUCUGCGGAUGCAAGGAUGACUGUGCUGUCAAGGGUCCGGAGGAGUAUCCGACAGGUAUCUCCACAGGUUGUGCUACUCCUGCUCUUUGCCUUCUGCCUGCUCAGUGUUUUUGUCUCUGCGUAUUAUUUAUAUGGGUGGAAAAGGAGCUUGGAGCCCUCUGGGGAUGUGCCAGGGCCAGACUGUGAUGAACCCAAGGUUGCUCCCUCCCGCUUGCUUCCAUUGAAGGCCAUCAAGGUGGCUGAUUCUUCCCGCACGGACCCCUUGGUGCUGGUGUUUGUGGAAAGCCUCUACUCUCAGCUGGGCCAAGAGAUUGUGGCCAUUUUGGAGUCGAGCCGCUUCAAAUACAGGACAGAAAUUGCCCCAGGGAAAGGGGACAUGCCCACGCUGACAGACAAGGACCGGGGACGCUUUGCACUCAUCAUUUACGAAAACAUCCUCAAAUACGUCAACCUGGAUGCCUGGAACCGUGAGCUGCUGGACAAGUACUGCGUGGAGUACGGCGUGGGCAUCAUCGGGUUCUUCAAGGCCAAUGAGAACAGCCUGCUGAGUGCUCAGCUGAAGGGCUUCCCCCUUUUUCUCCACUCCAACCUUGCGCUGAAGGACUGCAGCAUCAACCCCAAGUCACCGCUCCUGUACAUCACGCGCCCCAGCGAGGUGGAGAAGGGAGUGCUCCCAGGGGAGGACUGGACAGUCUUCCAGUCCAACCACUCCACCUACGAGCCAGUCCUCCUGGCUAAGACCAAGUCAGCAGAGUCGAUACCGCACAUGAGCGUGGAUGCAGCACUACACACAACAGUGAUGCAAGACCUUGGUCUUCACGAUGGCAUCCAGAGGGUGCUUUUUGGCAACAAUCUUAACUUCUGGCUGCACAAACUGAUCUUUGUGGACUCUGUCUCCUUCCUAACGGGCAAGAGGCUCUCCCUGCCCCUUGACCGCUACAUCCUGGUGGACAUUGAUGACAUCUUUGUGGGCAAGGAAGGCACUCGCAUGAAGGUGGAAGAUGUCAAGGCGCUGUUUGACACUCAGAAUGAGCUGCGCACCCACAUCCCGAAUUUCACCUUCAACCUGGGAUACUCAGGGAAAUUCUUCCACACAGGUACUGAUGCUGAGGAUGAAGGUGAUGAUCUGUUGCUGUCCUACGUGAGGGAGUUCUGGUGGUUCCCGCACAUGUGGAGUCACAUGCAGCCUCACCUCUUCCACAACCAGUCGGUUCUUGCGGAGCAGAUGACCUUAAACAAGAAAUUCGCUGUCGAACAUGGUAUUCCCACUGAUAUGGGAUAUGCGGUGGCCCCCCACCACUCGGGCGUGUAUCCCGUCCACGUGCAGUUGUACGAAGCUUGGAAGCAGGUUUGGUCGAUCAAAGUCACAAGCACAGAGGAGUACCCCCACCUGAAACCUGCUCGCUAUCGUCGUGGCUUCAUCCACAAUGGCAUCAUGGUACUGCCCCGACAAACCUGUGGCCUCUUCACACACACCAUCUUCUACAAUGAAUAUCCUGGUGGAUCCAGUGAGCUGGACAAAAUCAUCAAUGGGGGUGAACUGUUCCUGACUGUGCUCCUUAACCCUAUCAGCAUCUUCAUGACUCAUUUGUCCAAUUAUGGCAACGACCGCCUGGGCUUGUACACCUUCAAACAUCUGGUCCGCUUCCUCAAUUCCUGGACCAACUUGAAACUGCAGACACUACCACCUGUGCAGCUGGCUCAGAAAUACUUUCAGAUUUUCUCUGAGGAGAAGGACCCUCUGUGGCAGGAUCCCUGUGAAGACAAGCGGCACAAAGACAUUUGGUCCAAAGAAAAGACCUGUGACCGAUUCCCAAAACUCCUUAUCAUUGGGCCUCAAAAAACAGGAACGACUGCCCUUUAUCUCUUCUUGGGGAUGCACCCAGAUCUGAGCAGCAACUACCCCAGCUCAGAGACCUUUGAGGAGAUACAGUUCUUCAACGGACACAACUAUCACAAGGGCAUUGACUGGUACAUGGAGUUCUUCCCUAUCCCGUCCAAUACCACUUCUGACUUCUACUUUGAAAAAAGUGCCAACUACUUUGACUCAGAAGUGGCUCCCAGGCGGGCUGCAGCCCUGCUCUCCAAGGCCAAGGUCAUCACAAUCCUCAUCAACCCUGCAGAUCGAGCUUACUCCUGGUAUCAGCAUCAGCGAGCUCACGAUGACCCAGUUGCUCUGAAAUACACCUUCCAUGAGGUAAUCACAGCUGGACUUGAGGCUGCUCCUAAACUCCGGACCCUGCAGAACCGCUGCCUGGUCCCAGGCUGGUAUGCUACUCACAUCGAGCGCUGGCUGAACAACUACCAUGCCAACCAGAUCCUUGUGCUGGAUGGCAAACUGCUCCGAACAGAACCUGCCAAAGUGAUGGAAACAGUCCAGAAAUUCCUUGGCGUGACUAACUUCAUCGAUUAUCACAAAACCCUGGCGUUUGAUCCAAAGAAAGGAUUCUGGUGUCAGCUUCUGGAAGGAGGGAGAACCAAAUGCUUGGGGAAAAGCAAAGGAAGGAAAUACCCUGAGAUGGAUUCAGAUUCGCGAGCUUUCCUGCGGGACUAUUACAGGGACCAUAACAUAGAGCUUUCCAAGCUCCUGUACAAAAUGGGCCAGACACUGCCCACCUGGCUGCGGGAGGAGCUGCAGAACACCAGGUAGCUGCUGCCUGCCGCCAUCCUGAGCAAUAGUGGAGCGAGGCUGCAAGGAAGGCCUCCUGUCUGACACCGAAGCAAACCCGCGGAGGAGGGGAGCGUUUCUGAGCAAUACUCAGCUGCAACCUUCGAGGGAGACCCCGAGGAGCCCGCAGCAGCUGCUGAGCGGAGAGGGGGACGGCUGCGCCCAAGGCUGUGCGAGCUGUGGCCUGACUUUGCAGUCCCGGCACUACGAUCUCUCCAUGUGUUCCCAAAUCCAUUCUUUCCCCUUUUUAAUUCUUGGGCUUGUCAUAGAGGUCAUUUAUCAUCCUGUUCUGAUGGGGAAAUGGGGAAUUGAUGCAAAUUCCAUGUUUCUGUACCUGGCACAGGUCCUAACUCCCCUGGGCCUGAGAGCAGCAUCAGAGCAGUUCUUUACCUCCUCGUCAGAUGACAGAGAAGCAGCUCUGGGCACCUUGAGGAUAACUUUUGCUAGUCUGGAGCAGAGAAAAGGAACUGUUGGAAAGCCAAAGCCUGAAGUGACCCCACAAUGUAACCCAAGAGCAGGAAACAGCAGUGUGUAACAGUGGUUUGCUGGAUUCCCCCAAAAUCUAGCAUCAAGAGCUGAGAAAAAAGUGUCUUUUUAUUUUAAAGACUUGGGCAGUAUUUUUUUUGUCAUUUUUAUUUGUUUUUAAUCUCCUCAACCUCUUAUUCCCAGUCCGUGGGCAGUGUGAUGGGAAAGCUAUCAACCAGGAGAACUGAACUGAGAACUGGCCCCGGCACAGUUCCCCGGACGACAUGCGCCCCAUCCCCCUGAUCCUGCGUUGCAGUGUUUUACACGCGUGGUAUUUUCUGUGGUAAAGCCGAGAGGCUGUUUGGCAACCUCGGCAGCCAGUGCUCUCCGGUGCACUCUGGACCCCGGCUCUGAACAGAGCGGGCUCUUGUGGACAAGGCAGAUUUUGGGAUAACGGCAGUCAGAAGGAUGCCAAGAACUUCAAACUUCUUGAAUAUUAAAAGCUAAAGUAUUUUAAUAAUGUUGGAUUGGGUGGGAGGGUUUUUUGUUCUAUUUUGCAGGGAAUUGUUUGGCGCCAGAAUUUGUACCUAAACCUCUAGGAUUUUAUUUAGUCUCCUUACUUGUUACACAAGAAGUGGACAAAGAUCAAUGGGGAAAUGGGAAGGUUUCUUGCUCUGGCUUCCAAGCUGGAGACAGACACAUCUUUAUACUUGUAAUGGUGACGUACGGAAGCUGCAGCCCUAUUCCUGUCUCCCUCCUAGUGCCCCACUACGUGCUCUGGUUUUUGCUGCCAGUGUUUCGUCACUGAGGCUUGCAAACACGCCCGUCGUUAGCUGUCCUGGGAGAGCAUGUGCACGAGGGUGAGUGUGUGUGUGCCUGUGUGUAUGGGUGUGAGCGCCUGUCUGUGUGUGCUGCAGCAGUGCCAAUGCUGAGCCGUCAUGAGUUUACACGGAGAAGGGCCCAAAUUUCACUUCGGAUGGAGCUGCUCGGAUGUGUGUGCCAAAGGUUCGGGAAGGGCAGCCCUGUGGGUGAUUCCUUUGUGGCAGACUGGGGGUGGAACGGGGGACUUUGCUCUCCAGCCCAAGAGCCCAACAAUUUUCAUACAUUAGGAAAAAAAGAAGUGAUGAGAACUGUGCAAGGAGCAGCUGUUGUUGGCCAAGUGCUGCAGAACCCUUGUAGGAGUGAUAAAGAGCCUAAUGCCUGCCCUGCCGUGGGGCAGCUGAGCAGUUGCUGUCCAUCCCUAUGGCUCCCUUCGUCCUCUCCUGCCCAUAGCUGCGCUGAGCGGCUGGGCUAGGGAUGUGGCAAAGGGCUGCCUUUCCCCUUCGCAGGGGCACGCAGAGCUGGCAAAAUGCAGCGCGCUUCUCAAACCACUUCCAAGGCAUCUAUAGCGUGGCUGCAGGAGAAGCUGAAGGCCUUCAGUUGCCACAGGCUGGUGGUACGGUACAGGGAGAUGGGAGGGCAGGGAGGACAAGUGCUUUCUCCGGCCUGAGGGAGACUUGCCCCUUCCUGGCAGUGCAUUUGACCCUUGUUCUUGAGGAAGAUGGUUGGAGCCCUCCAGCUGCUCCUGCUGCCUGGCUGCAGGAAUGCCCUGAGAGGUGAGCAGCAGUGGAGAGCCACGGCAGUGAUGGCAACAGGCUGCCCUUGGCUUGAGAGCAAAUUCAGGGCUGCAGAGGGGGAGAGCGGCAGAAACGCCAGGCUUUUCCGCUCCCGUUGUUCGGUCUUGUUCUUGGUGGCGGAGGGGGCCCCUCUGGGAGCGAGAGUUCCCACCGUUUUAUUUUUGCAUGAAACUCUAGUGAUCCCCGGGGCACAGAGGAUGGCCAGGGCAGAGGGAGGGCUGGGGGGAAGGAUGCUAUACCGUUCCUGUUGCCUCUCCAUGUGGUCCUUUUCAAACCCGGUCCAUUUGGGUUGCAAUCAGAGUUUCCUGGUCACUAAUGUAAGGUCCUGUUGAACUAACUGCUAAUAAAACAGGGUUAUUUGGUUUUA